AUGUCCUGCCAUAGUGACCUCUUUUUUGAUAUCUGGUCCUUGCUAGUAGAGAACUUGGAUGCUACUAAACUGGAAGAUACUGCAGUGGUACUGAAAAGGAUUUGGUUUAGAAGAAACGAGCUGUAUCAUGGGAAAGGAUUCACCCAUCCCACUAAGCUGUAUCAACAGGCCAUAGAAGAAGUAUCCAUUUUCAGAGAAUCUCUUGUAACGGACCAAGGAACAAAGAAACAGGCUAGAUCAGCAGGACUUAGGUGGGCCAAACCAAUGCAUAACUCCUACAAGUUCAAUUGGGAUGCAGCUGUUAGAGCAAAGGAGGGAAGAGUUGGGAUAGGUGUGAUAGUCAGGGACUUCCAAGGACAGGUAGUUGGCACUGUAAGAGCUCAAAGACCUUUAAGAGGGACUCCUUUCGAUGCCGAGGCUUAUGGUCUGUUGGUUGCAACUGAGUUUACCAGAGACCUGGGGUUGCAACAGGUCUAUUUGGAGGGUGAUGCAAAGCGGGUGGUGGAUGGUUUGUAG